AUGGCCGGCGCUAGUGUCUCCGAAUCAGAUCGCUUCCGCCAUCUACCAGCAUGUCUCCCUCCCAUGUUCUCCCUGAGUCUUCCGGGCGUGAUCCGCAGGAACGCCGUUUUCCUGACCACCAUCUUCGCCAGUGCCUUUGCUUUCGAAAUUGCCUUCGAUUCUGCUUCCAACAAGGUCUGGGACUCGUUGAACCGCGGUCGGCAAUGGAAGGAUAUCAAGCACCGGUACAUCGUUAAGGAGGAGGAGGAUGACGACUAG